UUGUUGACAGACAGAGAGACAGAGAGACAGACAGAGAGACAGACAGAGAGAGAGACAGAGAGACAGACAGAGAGACAGAGAGACAGACAGAGAGACAGACAGACAGAGAGACAGACAGACAGACAGAGAGACAGAGAGACAGACAGACAGAGAGACAGACAGACAGAGAGACAGGCAGACAGACAGACAGAGAGACAGACAGACAGACAGAGAGACAGACAGACAGACAGACAGACAGACAGACAGACGGACGGACGGACGGACGGACGGACAGACAGACGAGUGAUUGCAAUAGCUCACCAUCUGCCUAAACACGGCAGAGUAACUGGUAGAUGGAUCGGAGUGUUACAAUGAAGGCUCAAGAAAGUGAUAGUAAAGAUUCAACAUGAGGUCACAUUCACUAUGGGUCACUAUACUGUGGCUCUAUACUGGCUAUAUACAGCUGGUGAGAAGCUAUGCAACUACACGUCAUAAGACAAUCAUUCUGAACGACACAAUGGACAACAAUGUUACAGCGAUCUCAGGUGCAUUAGUGAAAUCUAGUCAAACAUUCCCCGAUCAUCCAACGCUUGUCUCAACUAUAUUCACUCCAGCAGAGGAAGGUCAACAAUUCCAACUAGAGUUCAAGCAAUUUGAUGUCCCAAAAACGAGCCACGGGUGUGAGGAUUAUUUAACGAUAUGCGAGACUCAAGUGCCAAAUUUCCAGGAUCAUUGUAAAAAUAAGUUGUUAUAUCGCUAUUGUGGAGACCUCAAGGGACUCGACAAGAGUCACGUGAUAAACAGUCAGCCAAAUAUGUCUCUAACAGUACUAUGGAGAACUGGGAGACGGAGAAGUGAAGAUCAAGGAUUCAGUUUUCACCUAACUGCCUACACUUCGAGUCGAGAACAAUGCAAUGGAAGUUCUUCGUUUAGCUGCUCCAAAGAAAUAUGCAUCGAUAAAAACCUGCAAUGUGACGGAAUGCGAAACUGCCUAGAGGUGACGUCAUAUACCUCCGAUGAAUUUAACUGCUCAUAUGCAUGGGAACUGUCAGGGAAUAUGACUGCUUUAGAAGAAGGACCGAUGGAGUUCUCGGCAUCAUGGCUCAUCUCCAUAGCUGCAAUUGUGGGACUCUUGGCAUUAACCAUCAUUGCAAUAUGCAGCAAGAUUCAGAGUAAACUCAAAGCUAGGCGAAAAUCAAACGAACGUAAGGCUGCGGAGGCAAUGCUGAAUGAUUCAAGUAACACGGAAACAAAAAGUUUAACAAAACGAGAAUCUGUGAGUGGAGCAAUAGAGGAAACUGUGUGAUCCUAUGGAGGCACUUUAUAUAGUGUGGAAAAGGUAAAGUCAAGGGAGGAAACACUAACGUAAAGUAAAGGGAACCUAUUUUGCUUAAGAAAUAGACUUCUCUUAUUUGAAUGGUGGUGCAAAAAGAAGGUGGUCAUUACAAGGAAAAGUUUUGAAACUAUUAAAAAGGAAACCAGAGGACUAAUUAAGAAUGAUCACAAUACACAUGAUUACACCGAACAUGAUCACGAUAACUAUAUGAGAAAAUGGCCAUGGUCACAGUUGCCAUGAACAAAAUGACAAUAAUUGCAAUGGACAUGAACAAUAUGGCAAUGAUUACAGUGGACAUGGACAGUAUGGCAAUGAUUACAUUGGGCAUGAACAAUAUGGCAAUGAUUACAGUGGGCAUUGGCAAUGAUUUCAUUGGGCAUGAACAAUAUGGCAAUGAUUUCAUUGUCAGUGACCACAAUCACGAUCACAUUGAGAUAUGAAUGUUUGGAAUUUUGAUGAAUGCAUUCCUGAAGAGAUAUUUUUGUCAAAUGAUUUUGAAGUCAUGCAAAAAUAAUAUGUGGAAAAACUGAACAAUUUAAAGGCGAGAAGACUAUGACCGUGACCAUAGUAACCAUGACUACAUUAAUUGUGACUUUAGUAACCAUGUUUACAAUGAUCAUGAUCUAUACUACAGGGGUAUACAGGGUGUUUCAUAAUGGUCGUCUUCCCAACCCACAGUCACAUUUAGGUCACAUGGCCCCAUGUAUACCAUUUUAAAGCUUAUUCAAUUCUAGACUUCCCAAAGGACUCCCCCCAUAUUAGCAUGGUACCGUUUGUGGAGAUAUGUAACGAGCUUUGAAAACUGUGUUCCAAAAAGUCAAAAAUUGGACAAAUUGAAGAAACUUUCAUAUGAUAUAUAACAUAUGGGGUAAAACUUUCAUAUGAUUUAAUAUAACAUAUGGGGUAUGCUAUUUAGGAUUGGUGGUUGGUGGGGGAAGACUCUAAACACCCUGUA